UGAAUUACAAAUAUUUGUUUAUUUCUUUUGUUUUUAAUUUUUAAUCUUUAAUAACGUUCGGAUGUAGUUGAUGUAGCAAUAAAAAGGAUGAAUGAUAUUGAAUAGUGAAAUAAAAAAAUCGUUUCUGAAUCUCUCCUAGGAUUUGAAUUAUAUUUUAGGCAAUGUCAUUAAUAAUUUCUUCAUCAAAGUUGUCCUGAAUAACAAAAGGCAACAGACUAAAGAACUUGGGUGUCAGAUGUCAAUGCUACCGUCCAGUUUCUUGAAACCAAUCGCUAAACACUACCGAAUAGAACAAUUAAUUGGUUCUGGCUCAUUUUCAGAUGUUUUUCGUGCUAUCGAUAAUGUUUCUAAAGAAACCGUGGCUUUAAAGUGCUUCAAGCAACAAAUGAAGUGGAUGGGACACUUUCGAAGUGCAGCCAAAGAAAUUGCCUUUUUAAGGCUUUUGGAUCACCCGAACAUCAUUCAACUAAAGAGUUAUGACCUGAAUAAGGAUUUUAGGUUCGUAUUUAUCGGUACAGAAUAUGCGAUGUUUGGCAGCCUUAGGAACUAUUUAUCCGACAAAGUUCCAUGCAAAGAAGAUGUUAUUCAAAUCGUGAUGAGACAGCUGCUCUCAGCCUUAGAUUACAUGCACAUUUUGGGAAUUUUACAUGGUGAUAUAAAGACCCAUAACAUUUUAGUGCAUAGGAUAGAAGACAAUAAUAAGCCUGCCAUAAAAAUAGCAGAUUUUGGGCUCUCGGAACUGAAAUUGGUUGAUUGCAACUUAAUGUACCAAGCAGGCUCUUUAAACUUUAUGGCUCCAGAAGUUUUGCUUAAGAUGCCAGUGGAUACAAGAUGCGAUUUAUGGUCUGCUGGAGUUGUCAUGUACUAUAUGAUGUUUGGCAAAACUCUAUACGGUCAUACCGAGAAAGAUAAAGAAAGACAUAUAGAUUUCAUAAGAAGAAAAAUGAUACCUGAUUUUCGGGACCAACAAAGAUACUCAGCCAGCUGCAACCAUCUUGUAAGAGGGCUUUUACAAUUCGAUAAAGAGGAACGUUUUUGUGGUGUGUUCAUAAGGAGGCAUCCAUUUGUUGAAUUAAAAAAUUGUCCUUACUAUGGAUUGAAGUUUAUGGAAGAUGGAUCCAACCAUGCUACUGAAGCCGUUAAGUAUGCCGCGAAAGGCAGAUAUGGAGAAUCUUUAGUUCUUGGUAUUCAAGGCAUCCUAGAAUUAAAGAUACAAGCGAAUUUGACAGAAGAUCCUAAACUGCGCGAAUAUCUUUUCUUAAAAUGGACUAGUUUUGAAAAUUUUGUCUUAUGCCAAGAAAAACUUCUAAUAUUGAGUACAGCAUGCAAACUUGACCCAAAAUCAGAUGUUAUUACCCAUGAAGAAUUCAGAAAACAUCUAAUUAGUACUCCUAGAAUUUUGGUUGGUUUUGACAUUGGUUGUGAUGCUAGUAUGUAUCUACGGGAAGGUCACAAAGAUAGAGCAAUCAACAUGUUCCACCAGGCCUUGCAGAUUUUGUUGCCUUUGAUGAAAACUGAACCAGACUCCAACAGAAAAGAGAUACUAGGUCGUAAGAUAAAACGAUGGAUUGGCAAGUUGGAACAGGUUACAGUGGGUGCAUCGGCACGUGAAUCAGAUACCAUGACUUCCUUAAUGCUUCGCUUUGGGAUUAGACGCAACUUAAAAUAUGGUAGUAACGAUGAAGGCUAUUUAGCCGAUGUCUCCAUUAUAGAUUCUCAGGAAGAGGCCGCCGCAUUACCAGAGCCAAAGAAGAAAUAAUACUCUAAGACUGAUAAUAUUAUUAAUGUUUUUGUUGUUGUGUUAGAUUUUAAUUCUGUUAAAGAAUUUUUACUUAUUUAAAUUCGUUAAACAAUUAGUAUUUAUUAAGGUAGGUAAUACGCUCGUCAAAAAGUAUUUAGUAUAAUGUUCGUUUAAAGAUUACUGAAAACAAAGAGCAAAAUAAUUUCAAAGACUUAAUACAAGAUCAAAUAGGUUUAAAUAAUCCAUUGAUUAGCACUUUGCAGGUAGGUUUUUUUCUUUAACUUGGAGGUGCCCGUGCUCAACUGCUCCUACCGAAGAAACGCCACUGAAUUAAACAGGUUAAAUUGAAAGCUUACUAAGAUAGAUUACUUUAGAUAAGUUAACCUAACUUAUUGAUAACGUUUUGCCCAACCAUCCUGACUGUUGUUUGCGAUAUCCUGUUUCAUCCAAACAUAGUGUGAAUUAUAUAAAUUAUUACAAAGGCCUGCGUAAAAUUAAUGGAUUAUUUACUACUUACUUAUUUUCAACUUGACUGCAACUUAUCUAGUUCUAAGGGUAACAUGAAAUUGUCAUAUAUUAAAAGAUAGUAUUGUAGUAUUAAUUUAUUAGUAUCCACUGAUUUUUUAAAUAUAAAUAGUGGUUAACAUUAAACCCUUACCAUACACAUUACAAUGCCUUAUGGUAUGUUAUUGACUUUUAGUGAGAUUGACGAGCGUUACGUUAAUUUAGUAUUUUUAAGAUAUUUCGUAUAUUUUUGAUAGAUUGAAAAUCCGAAUUUUGAAAAAAUAUGUGAAAUUCUUAAAUAUUUAAUUUGUUAAUAUUUUUCAAUGAUAAAUAAAUAUAAGAAAUAUCUAUUUGGUUACGCAAGAUAAUGCGAUAUGUAAAAAGUUCCUAGAAGCCUUAAUGUAUAAAUGUUAAAGUAAUUUUGAAAUAUUAACAAAUUUAUUUCUCUAAUAAAUGUUGGAAUUUA